AUGCUUUUGUAUUGUUAAAAUGAUAAUUUACCACAUUCAAUGCAACGAGAACAUGUCAUUUUUUAUUAAACUAAAUAUUAUUUUUUGAAAUUGGGAUCCUUUUGAAACUGUUUGUCCGUGGACUUUGAUGGUAGCUUGCAUUUCCGCUGCCUUCUAGCAACAGGCUCAAUAAAACAAAAGCCUUGAAAUUGUUAUGUUACACACGUCAGGUAAAAAUGCACCACAUGUUUGUUGUAUGUUUGGAACACCAUAUGUUUCUACUAUAUAUAAAACAUGUGUGUCACAUACGUUUCACAUGUGGUGCAUUUUUACCGGUGUAUAUUCGGCGCAAAUUUGCAUUCAUAAAUCAUUUUAUCAUAAAAUCUGUCUAGAGAGCCCUUAAAAAUGCAUAUAAAGAGAUCUUGAGAUAAGAUUUACGAGGGAAUUUCCUAAUUGGUGUAUCAACCGUGGCUGCUAUAUGCAAGUUUUGUGUACAUUGUAUAAAUUUUAGGGAAAAUGGUUCAUGUUACGCACCUAGGUAUCAAGAAAAGAAAAGGAUAUAACUGUUUUAUUUUAGCUAUAGCUGGAAUUUGGAUUUUCCACCGUUUAUUGACAUUGUAUACAGAAUUUUCAAGGGCAGAGGCAGUCAACCGUUUACCUUUGUUUCAAUCUCAAGAAGAAGAGGAGUUUCCAUCAACAAACAGGAAUGUUCCUCGUAUUCCACACAUUUUACAUCAAAUAUAUGUGGAUGAAAUGAUUCCUGAAAACUAUAUAAGACACGUGAGAUCAUUUAUUAAGUACAAUCCAACGUGGCAAUACCGGUUUUGGACUGAUGAAUCUGGUCGUAAAUUGCUGCAAAAAUAUCAUCCAUACCUUAUAACAGCAUACGAUUCAUUUGGAAAAAGUGUAAAAAGAUCUGACAUGCUCAGAUACGCUGUUUUAUACGAGUUUGGAGGAUUUUACGCAGAUUUUGACAUGGAAAAUUUCCGUUCACUUAACAGCACAACAACGAAGUAUGCGUGUAUAUUCCCUGUAGAACCAUUUGAGCACAGUGCCUUGUUGUACAAUAUGUCCUUUUUGAUAAAUAACGCCUUUAUGGGUUGCCGCCCUAAACAUCCGUUUCUAGAACGACUCUUGACUGGUUUACAUACAGCCUCUUCGGUUGGAAAUCCUGUUGAGAUAACAGGACCUGGGUACGUUACAAGAGUUUUUGUACAGUACAAUAAUAUAUCACAUGUAGCUGCAAAUAGAAAUAAAACGGACUGGAGCAGUAAUUCUCCCUAUUUCUAUAAAGGUGAUUUAAAGGAAGUCGAUGACAAUGCCGUUUACGUCCCCAAUUCACAAUAUUUUAUGGACAAGAUGGAUCCGGGCCUUAUUCGUCCAAAAGGAAAAGUCAGAAAACUCUGUUCCAACAUCAUGGUUUUGACGUAUUUGAAACAACGAGCAUGUGCGGAAUUAAUUAGCCGUGUUCAAGUCAGGACAAAUAAGAAAUAUACAUUCACAGUACAUCAUUGGUACCAUCUAUGGAGUGAGAAGAAAAAGAGAGUCAAGAGACUGAAAUAUAUCAAUAUAACUAGUAUAGUGCCAAACUAUAUAAAAUAUAAUUAUUGAUGUGAUUGUCUGACGAUAUCAUCUGCUUGUUGUAGUAUGUUUGCCAUAGAUAGAUGACAAAAAUCAUAUCAAAUUUAAUACUUUUACAUGCUUACAAUUAUUAUGAUUUUUGUAUUGAUCAUCUCAGACAAAAUCAAAGUGCUUUGUUUAUAGAACAUGUUCUAAAACAUUGUCAUUAAAGUAAUAUUAUAGUGCUAUGAAAAUAUGUUGUCAUUUACCCAUUAUUGAUAUUUCUUUAUUCUUUUAAUAACAAUGCUCCUUUUAUAGUCUUUGUAUAUAAUUCAUUACAACCUGUGCUAUGUAAGUAACUACAACAUAUCUUGCAAAGAAGAUGUCUAAGUUAAUCUUUUUCUUUUGAUUUUAUUGAAAUAAUUUAUAACUUAAAAUUGCAAUGUAUCGGCUGGUAGAAAUUAGUAUACAAUUAGUAAACUUCUGCUAUUUUACUAAUCUCUUCACAUCCAAUAACUGAUUCAAAUAUUGUUUUAUCUCGUUUUUUGUUGUUUUUUUAUUUGAACUCUCAGAAUUGAGUUCUCCGGAAAAAAAUGAAAUACAACUACUUUUGAAUACAUAAAGCAAUUAGUACAGAAUAAAAGU